GAUGGAGGAAGCGAGAGAGAGGGUCAGUGAGAGUCACAGUGGGAAGGAGGGAGAUGACCACAGCUGUGUUUUUUUUUUGCUUGUGAAGGGAGCUGCUGGGCUUCACCCGCCAUUUUGACUCUAAAAGUUCUCAACCAGCUGCCUCACCAUGAACCUGUCGGAGCACAUUUCAUUCCUCUUCAGCUGUAAUGUCAGCCCGAGUGAGAAGCCACAGCUCGAGAUUAGUGUCACCAAAAGGGAGCCGCUGACAAUUGCCGUCCCCAUGACCAUGUUCUACAGCAUCAUCUUCUUGUUUGGAGUCUUAUUCAACAGUGUGAGCAUACUGACCCUCCUCAUGGACGCUCAUAUGAGAGUCAGUGCCAUUCGUUUCUACCUUAUCAGCCUGGUCAUAUCAGACAUGCUGCAGCUGUUGACCAUCCCGGUAACUUUGUACCGAUACUAUUGGGAGAGCUACCCGUGGCGUCUGGGCCGAACUGUAUGCAAAGUCUACUUCAUGGUGCGCCAAUUGUACUGUGCCACCACAAGCUGGGUUAUCAUGACCUUUACCACUGAGCGCUAUGCAGCCAUUUGCCACACCAUGUGGUCUGUCUCCAGCCUGAAGAAAUCUCGGCUGCCCUGCCUUCUUUCAGUAUGGAUCAUUUCUCUGGUCUCGACAGUGCCCUUUGCUCUGGUCUAUGACCAGGCUCGUGCCUGCAUCCUGGACUACACGGCCGCCACGCGAGAAGACGCCUUCCAUGUCUCCACCAUGUGUGAGAUGAUUGAGCCUGAUCCUGCACACAUCUACAAAGGAGCUUUACUCCUGAGAGCUGGGAUCUUCUUUCUGGUCCCACUGGUCUCCAUCUGUACUCUCUAUCUGCUCAUCCUGCUCCACCUGAGGCGGAACGGACGUCAGAGGAGAAACAUGGGUCUCACGCGGCCUGAUCCAGAAGGAAGACGAGACAUCCAGUGCCAUCAGAAUGGAAAGCUACUUUUAAAUGAAAAGAGAGCUCUAAAACUCAUGGGUGCAGUCGUGGUGGCCUUCUUUGUUUGCAACUUUCCGGACAUUGCCUCGUCACUGAUGCAGGUUUAUGUGGUAGUGUGGUCCGACACUGUCCUUUUCGUCUACACAAUCCUGAAAUCGUACUUGUCGCUUCCACUGUGGUAUAUCAACGGCGCUCUGGACCCGCUGCUGUUCUGUAUUUCCUCCCACACAUUUCGCAGGGCGUGCUGGAGAACUCUGGGUAGGCUCAGGCCUUACUGCUACUGGAAGUCUUGGCUGCGGCACGGAAGUUCUAGUGAAGAAGCAAGCACAACAGCCAGAGAGAGGAUCGAUGGCAAAAGCCAUAUGACCAAAAAGAGAAAUACAGUCACUUAAAAAGUCAGAUCAGAGGUAUGUGAAUAGCCAGAAAGCCCCUUUCAACAUGCACUGCAACAACAAGCACUCUGAAUUGUUGUCUCUUUCACGCUAUUAAAGACAAAAAUAUCACCUUGGAAUACAAAAGCUAAAUGUAUUUCUUUUCCUACCUCUGCUUUCUUUCUGUUCCUUUUAUUGCUGUAAGCGUAUCUCAAAGUAUUGUUGAGUUUUUUUUUUGUAAAACAUAUUUACUGUGUCUAAAGAAUGUCUGGAAUUUACCUAAUUACUGAUGUCAAGUAACAUUUCUGUUCUUUCUCUUUUGUCGAGCUAGAAAAACUGUAUAUGUAUGGUGCUUUAGAGCUUACAAUAUUGUGACUGAUGCGAAGACAUUCAAUGUAGAAAUGUAAUUUUUAAGUGUGAUACGACACUUUCACUGAAAUUACUGGAUAAGCCGUGGUAGUGUGUAGUACUAUGUUGAGUUGGAAAUAAAUGUAUAUAUUGUGUCUAUCUAUCUAUCUAUCUAUGUUUAUAUUUGUGUAUACGUGUGUAUAUAUGUACUGUAUGUAUGUAUAUAUAUAUAUAAACAUACACAUACACUGUAAAUACACACGUAUGUUUGUAUGUACUGUAUGUAGAUAUGUAUGUAUGUGUAUAUAUGAUUAUAAUGAUUAAUGAUUAAUACACUAUAAUCCUUGCAACAACAAAAAAGUGUCAGUGAGUGACCAGCAAUUAUGAUACUUCACCUUAUAAGUCAUUAUAAAAUGCUUUUUAAUGUGUUACUAUUAUUGUAAUAAAAUAUUAUGAAUAUUUAUUAGUGCUUAUUAGAAUGCUAUAAGCUGAUUAGUAUGCAUUAUACGUAUGUUUAUAAGGUAUAGACAUGGCUGUUAUAGAAAGUGUUUUCAAUUAUUAUGUAGCACCAAGAGUUUAAAUAUGUCCGUGUGCCCUUUGGAGAUUGAUAAGAAUGUGACUGCCCCCUGAUGUUUGUGUGAAUAUUUGAGAUGCAGAUCAGAAUGGUUUAGGUUGGAUAACCAUAUUUUCUAUGGCUCCCGAGAGUCUUUAUUGGCUCCCUCAGGUCUUGCUGAAUCUUCAUUAACUCUGAGUUACUCACAGGCAUGAAAAAAUCACUAUGGUGUCUACUCUACUACUGCCUUUGUUCAAAGCUAUAAACCAUCAAUAAACUGAA